AUGUUGAUUCUUCUUUCCAGAAUAUGGUAUCAAGUUUUCGUGUUUCUGAACUUCAAGUGUUGUUGGGCUUUGCUGGGCGUAAUAAAAGUGGACGGAAACAUGACCUCCUAAUGAGGGCUCUGCACUUACUGAAGAGUGGCUGCAGCCCAGCAGUGCAGAUAAAAAUCCGAGAACUCUAUAGGCGUCGGUACCCAAGGACGAUUGAAGGACUUUCAGACUUAUCGGCUAUAAAACCUGCAGUUUUCAAUCUGGAUAGCAGUUCCUCUCCCGUGGAGCCUGACCUGGCUGUUGCUGGCAUUCAUCCACUCCCUUCUACUUCGGUCACACCUCAGUCUCCUUCCUCACCCGUCAGCUCCGUACUCCUUCAGGACACUAAGGCUCACUUUGAGAUGCAGCAGCCAUCACCUCCCAUUCCGCCUGUCCAUCCCGACGUCCAGCUGAAGAGCUUGCCUUUUUAUGAUGUGCUUGAUGUACUCAUAAAGCCUACAAGUCUAGGUAAGUAUUUAAUUGCAUCCUAAGCUGCUUAAUGUGUG